UGUGAGAAAAAAGGAAAGAAUUAAUCAAUUUUUAAUGCGGGUGUCGUUACUUUAAUUUGUGUGUGCAACAUGAAUAUUUGAAUAACGCAAUCAACAAUCACAGAGUCGCUUAAAUCUACUGAGGAGAGAAAAAUUGCUUUGCUUCUUCAAGUCUGUUAACGUACAAAAAAGAAAAAAAAAAAAAAAAUAAAAAUGAAAAACAAACUGUAAAGCAAUAUAGAAGAAGAGAGAGCAAAAUGAUGAUAUCUCUCUGCUAUGUGCUAUUGCUACUGCAUAAAAUAUUAAAAAAAAAAAAAAAACAAAAAAAAAAAAAAAACAAAACGAGUGCCAACAUAACUAACUAACUUUACAUUGUAGAAUUUAAGGAAGAACUAUUCUUGUUAUUGUGCAAAGAUAUUCAGUGUCUCUCUGGGUGUCACAAUAAAAAAGUUCGUUAAUAAAUCAGUUACUAGUGAUUGAAGUGUGUGGUAAGAAUAUUUCGAACGUCAAUAGAAGGAGUAAGCUCCUAGCUAAAGCAUUAGCAGACGAAAAGGGGCCGAAAGGUCGGGGGAGUGAAAGAGAAAGAGAAACAGAAAAUCACAACAGCUCACAAUAGUCACAGUUAAAGGGAUAUUUAAAUAAAAAAUUAAACAAAAAAAACAAAAUAUUUUCAAAUAAAUAAAAAAUAAAAAAAAAAAAAAAAGAACUGAAUUGAAGUUAGAGCAAAGAAUAGUAGUUUACAGCAAUUGUCAGUUUUUAAAACGUAAAUAACAACAGCAACAACAACAUAAAACAGCACAAGCACCAACAGUCACAACAAUAAAAACAACAGCGAGCAAAAAAAGGAAAAACGGAAAAUUGUCACAAUUGUAUUCAAUUUGAUUAAUUAUUCACCAUGGCCGAUGAUGAAAUCCUGUUCGAUGAUGUUUAUGAAUUAUGCGAAGUUAUUGGCAAGGGACCAUUUUCUAUAGUACGUCGUUGUAUACAUCGCGAAUCUAACCAACAGUUUGCCGUUAAAAUAGUGGAUGUAGCGAAAUUCACUGCUAGUCCUGGUUUAAGCACUGCUGAACGAAAUAUAUUCAUUGCAGAUUUGAAACGUGAGGCCACAAUAUGUCAUAUGCUAAAACAUCCUCAUAUAGUGGAAUUGUUAGAGACGUACAGUUCCGAGGGAAUGCUUUAUAUGGUAUUUGAAUUCAUGGAAGGCUCAGAUCUUUGCUUCGAAGUGGUGCGGAGAGCUGUAGCUGGUUUCGUUUAUAGCGAAGCGGUUGCUUGUCAUUACAUGAGGCAAAUAUUGGAAGCUUUGCGUUACUGCCAUGAAAACGAUAUCUUGCAUAGAGAUGUAAGGCCAGCCUGUGCAUUGCUGGCAACGGUAGAUAAUUCUGCACCUGUGAAAUUGGGUGGUUUCGGGUCGGCCAUACAAUUGCCUGGUGGUCGCGAAACUAUAGAAACUCAUGGUCGUGUUGGUUGUCCACACUAUAUGGCUCCAGAGGUUGUAACUCGUCGUUUAUAUGGUAAAGGCUGUGACGUUUGGGGGGCCGGUGUGAUGUUGCAUGUGCUACUCUCAGGUCGUUUACCAUUUCUAGGUUCCGGAGUGCGAUUACAACAGUCAAUAGCUAGAGGCCGAAUAUCGUUUGAGGCUCCCGAAUGGAAAUCUAUAUCAUCUUCAGCCAGAGAUUUAGUAUCGAAAAUGUUGGCGGCUAAUCCUCAUCAUAGGCUGUCAAUAACAGAGGUUCUGGAACAUCCAUGGAUAAGGGAUCGUGAUAAACUGCAGCGUCAGCAUUUAGCUGAUACGGUAGAAGAAUUGAAACGUUAUAAUGCCCGACGUAAAUUGAAAGGUGCUGUGCAGGCUAUAGCCGGUGGAACAACAUUAGAUCCUCUCUUUGGUACUGAUACCGACUCAAUGCCUGUCGCCUCGGCUUCAGAUAUGUUAAACGAAUGGGCUGAUGAGGAAGCUGGUAUUGAGGCGGUACAACGAAUUUUGGACUGUUUAGAUGAUAUAUAUGCUUUACAAGACGCUCAUGUUGAUCCUGAUGUUUUACGUGAUAUGCUUAGAGAUAAUCGUUUGCAUCAAUUUUUGCAGCUUUUUGAUCGUAUUAGUUCUACGGUUAUGUCACCCUCCAGAGCACCGCCUGGCGAUGCUGUAUCACGGUGUCGUGAUGUUAUUGAAGUGUUAUCAUCACCGCCUUGCACCAAUUAUUUAAUUGAUGAACUAAUGCAAUUACUGGCCUCACCUCAUAUACAGGCCUUGUUGCAUACACAUGACGUGGUGGCGCGUGAUGUUUACAGUGAAGAAGCUUUACGUGUUACGCCGCCUCCAAUGGCUCCUUAUAUUAACGGUGAUGAAUUGGAUAAUAGCGAUGCCGCCGAAUUGCAGCAUGUGACCCGUGUACGUUUGGUGCAAUUUCAAAAGAACACUGACGAACCAAUGGGCAUUACGCUUAAGAUGACGGAAGAUGGUCGUUGUAUUGUCGCACGUAUAAUGCAUGGCGGCAUGAUACACCGUCAGGCGACUUUGCAUGUGGGCGACGAGAUACGCGAAAUUAAUGGCCAACCAGUACAGCAUCAAUCCGUAGGGCAAUUGCAACGAAUGCUGCGUGAGGCACGUGGUUCUGUUACCUUCAAAAUAGUUCCUUCAUACCGUAGCGCUCCACCACCCUGUGAGCUUUUCAGGAUCAGACCAGCCCCGGUUCUAAUAUUUGUGCGAGCACAGUUUGAUUAUAAUCCCUUGGAUGAUGAGCUAAUACCAUGUGCCCAGGCAGGCAUUGCCUUUCAAGUGGGUGAUAUAUUACAGAUUAUAAGCAAAGACGAUCAUCAUUGGUGGCAGGCUAGAUUGGAUGCUGUGGGUGGUUCGGCUGGUCUAAUACCAUCACCAGAAUUGCAAGAAUGGCGUAUAGCCUGUCAAACCGUGGAUAAAACUAAACAAGAGCAAGGUGAGCCUGGUGCUGGAUGUUCCGCUCACACAGAUGGGUGUGAUGGAUCCACAGUUAAUUGUUCGAUAUUUGGACGUAAGAAGAAACAAUGUCGGGAUAAGUACUUAGCUAAGCAUAAUGCCAUAUUCGAUAACUUGGACGUGGUUACCUAUGAGGAGGUUGUAAAAGUGCCAGUUGGCGAUCCGAAUUUCCAACGUAAAACACUAGUUUUAUUGGGAGCACAUGGUGUGGGUCGCCGUCAUAUCAAAAAUACUUUAAUAUCCAAAUAUCCCGAUAAAUAUGCUUAUCCCAUACCACAUACAACGAGACCUCCUAAGCCAGAAGAAGAAAAUGGCCGUAGCUAUUAUUUUGUUUCACAUGAUGAAAUGAUGGCCGAUAUAGCCGCCAAUGAAUAUCUAGAAUAUGGUACUCAUGAGGAUGCCAUGUACGGCACCAAAUUGGAUACCAUUAGACGAAUUCAUACUGAAGGCAAAAUGGCAAUACUCGAUGUUGAACCGCAAGCUUUAAAAAUAUUACGCACUGCUGAAUUUACACCAUAUGUGGUUUUUAUUGCGGCACCAUCCCUACAAAAUAUUGCAGAUUAUGACGGCAGUUUGGAACGUUUAGCUAAAGAAUCAGACAUGCUGCGACAAAUGUACGGUCAUUUCUUUGAUUUGACCAUUGUGAAUAAUGAUAUAAGCGAAACUAUAGCAACACUUGAAAGUGCAAUUGAAAGAGUGCAUACAACACCACAAUGGGUGCCUGUCUCGUGGCUAUACUGA